CGCCACUGUGAACAUCCGAGAAGAUGAAACACGGGCGCUAACUCUUUGGACCAUUGAAACAAGUGACGAUGAUGUCGAUGACGAAGCGAUAUGUGAAAUCACAAAUCCAGACGACAAUAAACCGUUCUAUAUGUCUGAAACGUUUGCUGGAUCAAAAGUAUACAUUAUCAAAAACCACGUUGCUGGGACCGAUACUACUCGGAAGCUAUCUUCAGCGAAGAUAUUGUACACAAUCAACGUCAAUUGCACAGAUCAACUUGAAGAAGGGCAAACCAGCUACGUCACCAUUAAUGUUCAGCUCAACCAGGCACCAUCGCUAACAACACUUAUAGGAACACUCGAAAAGCACGUGGACCAGUCUACCAGAUUUAAAGGUUUUACGAUAGUAACUGAGAAUGCCAAUGAUCCGGAAGGCGAUGAUUUGAUAUACACGUGCAGUGAGGUGUCCAGUAACAACCCACUUACGUGCGCCAUAAACGACAAUCAACUAAAAGUCAAUUUGCGACGUAACGUAAGUGUGGCCAAAGAGAACGGGAAAGUUUUUUCGAUGGAGGUGUGCGUUAGAGAUGCCCUUCAUAUCAGCACGGCGUGUGGAAUCUUGCAAGUCACAUUUACAACCACCCACUCGCACCCAUCGAUCAGCAAUCUGCCAGCCACUCUAGAACUGAACGAAAAUGAACGAGUAGGCGAAGUGGUUUUCACUCUUUCGGUUGCAGAUAUCGAUUCUGGCGAAACCCAUUCGUUUUCUAUCAGUUUUUCCCCUCGCUCUGAAUCCACAUACUUUAGUUUGACUCCUAGCACCGGAGAGGUAACGCUAACAAGCCCAUUGGACUACGAGGGAAUCCAGCGUUUUCUGCUGAUAUUCACUGUCAAAGACCCGUACCUGACCAGUCUAGAUACGUACACAUUGGUCGUCAACGUCAAGAACGUAAAUGAGCAGAACACGUUGACGUCUUCAAUUUCAGCCAUCACGUUUAAAGAAACGGCGAAAGUUGGAAGAAGUUGGAGAACAGGUCUGUCAUGUACUGAUAUUGACGACGAGGACACACAAACAAUUACGAUAGAAAAUGGCGAGCAUAUGGACUAUUUUAGCUACAAGCAAAGCGAUAACAAAUUAUAUUUGGAAAAAGUAUGGGAUUUAGAUGACAGCGCCCUUAACUUACCUAAAACCACACUCAUUACAAUGAAAUGUGAAGACGGCGGAGGUAUGGUUUCUAGUUACAACCUGGAGAUUAAUGUUGAACCUGUGAACAACCAAAAACCGGAAGUUGUUAAAGAGGAAUGUGUCCAAGAAAUCACGGAUUCCGGUUUACUUAGAAUUAGUCUGGACAGGCUGUCAGAUUUAAGCACCAAGUUCUGCGCCAUUCGUUGCCAAGACGCCGAUUCGUACGACGACGCCACGUGCACGUUUUCUAUUCUCGGAAACGGUCUGGGAAGGAAGUAUUUUGAGACUCGAACGACGCGAUCCAGUGGAAGACGACGCAGGGCUGAAUUGGUCUCGGCUGGAUUGUUUCUUCGUCAGACAAUUGAUCUGAACUACAAUAAGGAUUUCGUAUUCAACGUUAAGGUAUCAGACGGAGGGAGCCCGCCGCAGUUUUCCACCAUUUCAUUUGCUGUUAAUUACACGGCGAUUGUUAAUCCACCGAAAGCCGCAGAACCGAUCUCCAGUCUCACAGCAUCCAAGUCCGGAAAGACUCUAAUAGCUUUUCUGGCUAUCGAACUGGCAAUUAUUGCUCUUCUCAUGAUUCAUGCCGUUGUUCAAAUGUAUUGUAGCGGGAAAAAUGAAAUCGCGCAAUCAGGUGACGUCUCCAAGAACCAAAGGUUUAAAUUGCCACAAAAGAGCCAAACCAGCUCAUUCACAUCAAACUUUACCGCAUCCAAGCAAGGACAAACCAGCAUUGUGACACGUUCGUCACAAGCACAGCAACCCUCCACAAUGCUGUCGUAUUCGCUGAAUUCCAGCAGCGAGUCAUCGUCAAGUGCUGAUGAGAGCGACGAGGAUCCACGUUACGGAAGGGAUAAAACAAGGAUGGACAUCGGACGAAACAUGUACAGCCAUUUUCCGUCUAGACAGGGGAAACCAACCAGUAUCGCGAGCAUAUCAGGGGCAUCCACGGGCCUACCAAAGCCAAUCUUCAGCUACCAGGUCCCACAGGCGGAUGAAAAUGACCUCCCUUAGGCCAUUUAGAGCAUCCACAAAGUUCGCCAAGAUGAAAACUUACCUGUUCUUUCGUCUAAAUGGAUCAACAUCAAACACACUGUAUAUACAUUAAACUCAUUGACUGGAAAAAUGCUCAUUAUGAAACAAAUAAAAAUAAAAUGCAAUGUGAACAUAAAAAGUCCCUGAACACAAAUAAUUUUGAUUUUUUAUAUGUAUUGUAUGAAAUGCAGAACACAUGUCAACGUAUGUCUAAAAGGAAACGCUUUUACUAAUUCUUAUGUACAAUUUAGUGUUAUGAAAAAUAAUAGGUUUUGAAUAAUUUUAGAAAUAUUGGGUUUUCGAAAGUUGGUAAAUUAACAUUUGUUUUUAUAUCCGGACAGUAUUUCACAGUUGCCAUAAAUUGGGUCCGUUCGAAAAAACCCACAUGUCAAAUGGUAUAUUUUCGUUUGUCUUUAAUACUUAAUGCUUUAAGUGUGUUAUUUAAUCGCAUAUGAAUUACCCGCAUUUUUAUGACUUAUAUAUCAUUUUGUUGUGAUUAUUUUGUUGUAUUGUGACUCUUUGAAACUAUUAAAGUCUAUUUGAGAGCAUUUGCAAGUGUAAUCAUGGAUAACUAAAUUAUUUAUAAAAUAAUAUAAUCUAAAAUAUUGACAGCGAUUACGGUGGGUAUUUUUCAAACAUUAUUUAUUGUGUUGAUACUUUGUUAAUGGUCAUUGUAUUUGUAUAACAAAUAUGAAUACAUAGGAUUUAUGGGUACUUGGCGCACGAUGCAACCUUAGUAUUAAUUUUGAACUUUGAUUGUUAUUAAAUGAUCGUAAGAGAUAUUAAACGUUGCGCAUUCCUAGUAAAACAUCUGUACAUAUGGAAUUAUUAUAUCAGUUUGAGUAAAUAA